AUGUCGAAGAAUAGAUAUCCAGUAGCUUAUCCUCAGCUAACUGAGGAUGUACAGCACAAUCUGCUUCCCGGUAUCUCGCUCAAGCGUCUCGACCUCUUUCUAGAAGGUCCAUAUGAUGGGUUCAACCUGGGUUCAACACUGGACCGGGUCCGAUUGGACGAUGAGGACACUGUACGAAUGACCAUAUGGUCCGCUCCAGAUAUAGAGAAAGUGUCAUUCCAUGAAGGCAUUGAGAAACUUCAGGGAGCUGAUGCCAAAUUACUGAAGAAGGGAGAUCUCAUUGGAGGUAGCUGGAGUCAACAUUGGGUCAAGGUGGAGAUAAAAAUUCCGGAUAGCUUUAAAAACUCGUGUGAACCGGUGGUCUUCGAAUUUGAUCCGUCUUGUGAAGCAUUGAUAUGUGAUGUCAACGGAGAUCCUAUUCAUGGAAUAACAGGUGGACCUAAUUCUACCAUCACGGCUUAUCCUGGCUACGUUGAAGAUCGUAGGAUAGAACAGAUCAUUCCUCGUGAAGCCGUCCAAGCUGGGACAUACGAAUGUUACAUCGAAAUUGCAUGUAACGGGAUAUUUGGUAUUGGAAUCAAUGGAUAUAGACAUCAUGAACCUGAUAUGAAUAUGAAAUACCACUUGGAGCUAGCGGACCUUGUGCUCGUACGCUCCGAAGCGCAUGCGCUAAAAAUCGACUUCCAAGUCCUCAAACAACUCGCCAGAGCCGCAGAAGGUGAACGAUCUUCAAUUUCCCGUAAAGCUCUUAAAGCCGCAAAUGAAAUCAUGAACGUAUUCCGAAUAGACAGCCAGGAAGUGAUUGAUGAGAGUAUCAAACAAGGCAGAAACCUAGCUCGGAGUGUGCUCGGGUCUGAGGUAGAAAGGCUCGAAGAUGAGGAUGUCAGAAUUUGGGCUUUAGGACACUGCCAUAUUGACACCGGAUGGCUAUGGCGGUAUACACAUACACAGCAAAAGAUCGCGCGAAGCUGGUCUACUCAACUUGAUCUGAUGGAUCGAUAUCCAGAACAUCAAUUCGCCGCGUCCUCGGCUCAGCAGUAUGUGUGGCUUGAAGAACUCUAUCCCUCUUUAUUUGAGAGGAUAACGAAAUCAGCUAAAGAAGGGAAAUUCCAUCCUAUCGGAGGAACAUGGUUAGAGCAUGAUUGUGUGCUCCCUUCAGGAGAAUCAUUGAUAAGACAAUAUCUCUAUGGUCAAAGAUGGUUUGAAGACAAAUUUGAUCAAAGAGCAAAAGUAGCUUGGCUACCUGAUACUUUCGGUUAUGCCUCUCAAUUACCUCAAAUCCUGAGAUUAGCUGGUAUUAAUUACUUUUUUACUCAAAAGUUAUCCUGGAACAAUAUCAAUGUAUUCCCUAAUUCCACCUUUAACUGGGUAGGACUUGAUGGUAGUCAGGUGUUAGCUCAUAUGACUCCCACUGAUACGUACAACGCACAAGCCAACUACUCCGAGCUCCAAAAAGGUAUGAUUCAACACAAAAAUCUUGAAUCCACCGAUCAAUGUCUGUUGUUGUUCGGUAAUGGGGAUGGUGGUGGUGGACCCACUGCUUUAAUGCUUGAGAAACUCCGAAGAUUAGGCUCAUCGUCGAAAAAGAAUCCUGAAAUACCUACUGUCAGAAUAGCCAAGAUCGAUGAUUUCUUCGAUCAUGUAGCCAAGAAGACCAAAGGUGGUAAAACCUUGCCAAGCUGGAGGGGGGAAUUGUAUUUUGAACUUCACAGAGGAAUUUUCACGAGUCAAGCAAAAAUCAAAUAUGGCAAUCAAAGUAUGGAAAGACUUUUGAGGGAUCUGGAGUACUUCGCAACUCUCGCCUCUUUAUCGUCUUCAGACUACGUAUAUCCUAAAUCACGACUGGACGAAAUAUGGCACGAUGUCUUAUUGAACCAAUUCCACGAUGUGCUCCCUGGAACAUCGAUCAAGAUGGUCAACGACGAUGCUCUUGAAAUAUAUCGACGUCGCACAAUACAAUGCUACGCUCUUCUUGACGAGGCACUGGAUACUUUGUUCCCCCUUGGAGUGGCGAAUGGACACACGAAGGAGACAUCUCUUGCUGUACUCGACGGAGCAAGGUUGCCAAGAAAUCAAGUGACUGAGAUUCCUUCCGAAUGGACAUCACUUCUAGGAGAAAAGAUUAAUCAAGUCACAUCAAGUACAGCCAGGGUCUUAGGCUAUCUAUCGAGUGAUAUUGCUGGAAUCGGGGGUUUGAGCACUCCUGCUAACAUGAACUCCCCCAGUGCAAGUCAAGAUGGGGAUAUUUUCAUCUUGUCAAACUCGUUGAUUCGACUUACUAUCUCGAAUGGUCGAAUCACUUCAUUGUAUGACCUCAGCUUAGAAAGAGAGUUGAUCUCACCCGGUGUCGGGACAGACAGCGGUGGUUUGAUGAUCUAUGAAGAUUAUCCCCUCUCGUACGAUGCAUGGGAUGCCGAAAUAUAUCACCUCAAAAUGGGAAGGGAAGUAUUGUUUGAUCAAGUUGAAAUUAUCGCAAACGGACCUUUGAGAUCAACCAUCAGAACUACCAGUACCUUUGGACAUAGCAAAGUGAUUCUCGAGAUCUCGAUGGACGCACUGUCGCUGCAUGGCAGACACCAAAACAACAACCCCAUUAUCAGAGCAGACGCAAAGGUAGAUUGGCAUGAGACUCACAAGUUCCUCAAAUUCGUCUUACCACUCGAUAUCCACUGUUUGACUGCUACAUAUGGCACUCAAUUCGGUUUGAUCGAAAGACCCACACAUAGAAACACACCAAUCGACCAAGCCAAAUUCGAAGUUCCAGCCCAUGUGUUCGCGGAUCUGAGUGAAGCUGGAUAUGGCUUAUCGUUUGUCAGUGAUCAUAAGUAUGGCUACAUAGUCGAAGGAAACACAAUGAGGAUAUCGCUCCUCCGUUCACCUACUGCUCCCGAUGUCGAACAAGAUAGAGGGUAUCAUGAGUUCACAUUCGGGAUUAUACCUCACAAAAAACGAUUGAUCGAAAGUGGGGUUUACAAACAGGCUCUAACAUUCAUUAAUCCCGUCCACUUCAAACCUGUCGAUUCUACCGUCAAGCUUCCCAUUACAUUCACACUAGUUGAAAGAAACACCGAUGGGAUCAUCUUAGAGACUAUCAAAAGAGGUGAAGAUGAUUUCACGUCUGGCAAAAAAGGCAAGUCUGUAAUACUCAGACUUUAUGAUAGUCUUGGUGGGAGGACAAGUGCCACCUUACGGAUCAACGGCAUUAAACCGAGAUCUCUCAAAUGGCUAAACGUCCUUGAAGAACCUGAGAUGUUCCAACAUCAAAAGGUGAAUUGGAAAGCACAAGAUGGAUACGUUGAGAUACAAAUGUCGUUUAGGUGUUUCGAAAUCAAAACUCUGGGUAUAUACCUGGAUUAG